ACUGCACUCGCGGGAAAUUUGUAAUUGGAAACGAAUUUUUUUAUGAAAGAGAAAAGAGUGCUGUUGAAUGAAGAGCUUAUUUUGAACGAGCAGUAUGGAAUCCCACAGUUGAUAAGAGAACUUGAAACAGUUCAAAAAAAUCUUAAACAAGAAAGCUCAAUAGAGACUAUAGGGAAAAUUUUGGAGACAUGGCAAAUAUGGGCAAACAAGUUGAGUCCAAACAUGGAGUUCGGAAGGUUUGUUUCUAGACUACAAGCUCUUCAGUCUCUAAGGGGUAUAAGAACCUUUCUGAGUGAUCAAAGAGAGAGGUUGGUGGUCUCCAACUUCGAAGCAACUAAAACAGAUGUUCCCUCGGACUCUGGAGUUUUUAGUGACACUCCCAAUUCUUUACGUACUAGGAGAGACCGAAAUAAUAUGGAGGAAAAUAUAACUAGUAAACAACAUUCUUCGGAUUCUUUCUCUGAUUGUUUCACUCAAGUUGACGCUAGUACCGAUAUUGAACCUACUCAAGAACUGGACUUUCCACUCGAAGAUAGUGAACAAGAUAUAUAGUUGUGCACCAAGUCACUUCGCUGUUGGCAAAGCUACAACUUAUAAAGGA